CGCAUGCGCACUCCAACGCCCUCGGGGGACCGCCCCUAUAGCAGCAUGGAACCCGCCUUCCGCCCCCACCCCUGAGCCCAGGAUGAAAGAGUGGUGGAUUCAGGUGGGGCUGCUGAGCGUACCCCUCCUUGCUGUCUACCUGCACAUCCCUCCGCCUAAGCUGUCCCCAGCCCUUCACUCAUGGAGGGCGUCAGGAAGGUACUUCACAUACAAGACCCAAAACAUCUUUUACAGAGAUUCAUCAGGGGCACUCGGCAGUUCAGAUAUUGUGGUUCUGUUACACGGCUUCCCAACCUCCAGCUAUGAUUGGUACAAGAUUUGGGAAGGGCUGACCCAGCGAUUUCAAAGGGUGAUCGCUCUGGAUUUUGUAGGAUUCGGUUUUAGUGACAAGCCUAGGCCCCAUCGCUAUUCCAUUUUUGAGCAGGCCAGCAUCGUCGAGGGGCUGCUGGGGCACCUGGGUCUCCGAAAUCAGAGGAUCAACCUCCUGUCUCAUGACUAUGGAGACACAGUUGCACAGGAACUGCUCCACAGGUAUGAACACAAUAAAACUGGAUGUGUUCUGAUCAACAGCCUCUGUUUAUCCAAUGGAGGUAUUUUCCCAGAAACUCAUUACCCCCGGUUCAUUCAGAAGAUUCUCAAGGAUGGUGGCCUACUGUCCCCCAUCAUCACCCGGCUAAUGAACUACUACUUCUUCUCAAGAGGACUUGGGGCAGUCUUUGGUCCGUAUACGCAGCCUUCAGCGGCGGAAUACUGGGACAUGUGGACAGCAAUCCGGACAAAUGACGGAAACCUUGUUGUUGACAGUAUUUUACAGUAUAUAAAUCAAAGAAAGAAGCACAGAGACCGUUGGGUUGGGGCUCUGACAUCCACCUCUGUUCCAUUGCAUCUAAUCUAUGGGCCCUUGGAUCCUGUGAAUCCAUAUCCCGAGUUUCUUCAGCUCUACAGGAAAGUGCUUCCUAUGUCUACAGUCUCUGUUCUGGAUGACCACAUUAGCCACUAUCCACAGCUUGAAGAUCCUAUGGGCUUCCUGAAUGCAUAUUUGAACUUCAUCAACUCCUUCUGAGCAGCAACGUGGUCUUUCCCUCUCAUGCUUUGGCUCAGUGUUGUUUACUUUGAGCCAGGGUGCUUUUAUUUCCAGACCUGACACUUAACUUUCCUGUUCUGUGCAGAGUGAUCUUUGGGUAUGUUAGACUACUGUAUAUGUGUAAGGAACUGAACCUUUGAACACUGGGAAGGAUUAACCUAAAGGGAGGCGUGAAAGACAAUGUGCACAUCCAAGGGAAGUUACAGGAUACGGAUAGUAGUUCCUAGGCCAGAGGGCACAGUUGGGAACUAGUGGUGGGGUGAAGGAGGGGUGGCACUGCUAAUCAUGCUAUUCCAAGACUCCUUCCCUGUCCUUGGGGCCAGAAGCAGCCCAGCCUAUCCCAGGAAGCCAGUACCCCAUUUACAACCACAUGCCACUUAGUUUGUUUCCAGAACAGUAAGCAGCACAGUAGAUCUUUCUCUUCUCUGAAAGUGCAUUUAACUGAGCUACUCUAUAGACAAGCUUUAAAAUGGGAAAAUACCUACAUUAUAAAGAUGUGAACUAGUAAUUAGUUGUCAGGCCUUGUUACCUAAUUCUUCCUUUGAAGGGCUUGUCUACACAUUGACUAUACUGCUCUAGUUAGGGCAGCAAAAUCCCCCUCUUGUGAAUAGUUAUACUGUGAUGUGAGUGCUCAUCUUGGUAGAACUGUCUACAGAAGGGCUUUUACUAGCACAGCAUCUCCCCUGACUAACCCUGUUGUGCCAGUAAAAUGUAAGUGUGGAACAGUCCUAAAAGGCAAGUUUCCUUAACCACCUAACCUCUAUUAUUAGUACUCAACUCCAUAAUGCAAUAACAAGGUGCAAAUUAAAAUGCAUUGUAGCCUCACCAGUGUGUCUUCGAAGAGAUGUGCUCUACUGUAGCAUACAGUGCCAGAAUCAGCCUGAAGCAUAAAGUCAAGAGGGCUCUUUACUUGAAGUGUUAUUUUCAGAUAAAUUGUGUAGUAUACACAUAGCUUAACAAUCCUAAAAUGAUUGCCAAUAUUAAAGCAAUAACUACCUAAAACCACAGGGAAUUAUAAGAUAUUAAAAACAAGUUUAAAAAAACCUGAAGUACUGGCUAUGCUGCAUAUAGAGACUUUAUGAGACCUCAUACUACGGAAAGUAGUAUCUUUCCUAAAGAGUUGCAAGUCCUCCCCUUAAAAGGGACUGUAUUUAACUCAAUUUUAGGCUAAAGGGUCAGAAAGAAGGUUCAGAACUAAAGUCAUGUCAUACUUCUAAACUUUAGUUAUUUGUUCCAACAUUGAGGUUGUAUGGCUUUCACACAGCACCAGAGGCAGAAACAUUACAAAAUUGAUUGUAAAGCCAAGUUGGCAGGGGGACUGAGAACCACUGCUUUUUGCAACUGACUAGAUUUCUAGUUUCUAGCAUCCCACCAAGAGGAAAGGUUUCCAAUAUGGGCUGCUUGUGCUGUACUGAACUGAGGU